GGCCGGGCUGCGGCUGCGGAGCUGGCGGGGCGGCUGCGGAGCCGGCGGGAUGCGGCGAUGGGCGCCGCGGUGGGCGCUGCUGGCGGCUCUGCUGGCGGCUCUGGGCGGCGCCGCGGCUCUGGGCUCUGGGCGGCGGGCGGCCAGCCUGGGCGAGAUGCUGCGGGAGGUGGAGGCGCUGAUGGAGGACACGCAGCACAAGCUGCGCAACGCCGUCCAAGAGAUGGAAGCUGAAGAGGAAGGGGCAAAAAAACUGUCAGAAGUAAACUUUAAAAACUUACCUCCCAACUACCAUAAUGAGUCCAACACGGAAACCAGAAUUGGCAAUAAAACUGUUCAGACUCACCAAGAAAUUGAUAAGGUUACAGAUAACAAAACUGGAUCAACAGUUUUUUCUGAGACAGUUAUUACAUCCAUAAAAGAUGGAGAAAACAAAAGAAAUCAUGAGUGUAUCAUUGACGAAGACUGUGAAACAGGGAAAUAUUGCCAGUUCUCCACCUUUGAAUACACGUGUCAGCUCUGUAAAACCCAGUAUACACUUUGCUCACGGGAUGUUGAAUGCUGUGGAGACCAGCUUUGCGUUUGGGGGGAGUGCAGGAAAUCCGCUUCAAAAGGAGAGAACGGCACCAUUUGUGAGAACCAACAUGACUGCAACCCUGGAAUGUGCUGUGCUUUUCAGAAAGAACUACUGUUCCCUGUGUGCACUCCGUUGCCUGAAGAAGGUGAACCCUGCCACGAUCCUUCAAACAGACUUCUCAACCUGAUCACCUGGGACCUGGAGCCUGAUGGAGUACUUGAGCGAUGCCCAUGUGCAAGUGGCUUGAUCUGCCAACCUCAGAGUCAUAGCGCUACAUCUGUGUGUGAACCAUCUGCCAACGAAACCAGGAAUAAUGACAAAGAAGCUCUCCCAGUCAUGGAUGAGAUGCCAUUUCUUGGCUUGAUACACAGAGAUGCUCUUUCUGAUUAUGAGGAAAGCAGCAUCAUUGAGGAAGUGCGGAAAGAAUUAGAAAGUCUGGAGGACCAGGCAGGUUUGAAGCCUGACCCUGACUCAGCUCGUGACCUGUUUUUGGGAGAUGAAGUUUGAAACACCAGACAGUUUAGUUAGUUAUUUCUAGAUUUUUUUUUUUUGUGUAGUGUCUUGCUUAGACAAACCUAAACACACAGUGCUGGAUAGAAGUGCAAUAAACAAGGUCCUCAACAAGCAUCCUUUCCUGUGCACCAAACCUGCAUGCUCCAAUUAUUGUUGAAUUCAUUCAUUCAAUCCUUGGACCAAACCUUCUGUCAAAGACAAAUAAGAACUGUAUCAGUGCUUCUUCUGGACUCGUACUUUCUCCUUGUACAUUAGAAAUAAACUUAUCAGUACUUGUAUUCAUUAAAAGAUACACGUAAGCAUAAAGAAUGUUAAAUUAUUAGUGAAAUGACUUUUGAGUACACAUGCUUAGAAUAAUUUCUUUUCCUAGGGUAAGAACCAUUCUACCAGUCUACUUUGGACUGGUUUAAUCACUGA